AUGGCUUACAACUUUGUCGACACCCCUCGCACUGACAUGGCCGACUUGACGCGAUUCGAUGCUGACGCUCUGUCGUUCUCUAUGGAGCAACCUUUCCCCUCGCCCUCCAAAGACCCAAAGAACGAUCUUGUACGCCAGAUGAAAGCUCGACAAGGUGCUGCGCAAUCUAUCAAGACUCCGCGCGCUCGCAACAACCUAGUCAAUGCCAGGAACGGCCCUUCCAGGAACGAAUUCACUCCUCUCCUCAAGAGUGCCGCGCACAACCGCUUCCGCUCAAGAGAGAACAAGGAGAAUGACAACGACCUACUUAAUAGCGUUCUGAGUGGACGCGCUCCUGCAACGCCUGCCUACCUGAAGCCUGGCUACGUCGAGUCCCACACUCCUGGCCUACCUGUCAACAGCAGCAUGAUGGAUCACGAUCACACCGGCAGUUCUCAAGGAGAAGGUACCCCUGUUCCACCUGCUAUCGCCAGCAGCAGUAUCAUGUCUACUCCCAUGCCCAUCUUGCCCCAGAGGAAUGGAGGCCUGGUCGACCAGGGCAAUGUUCUCACAUUGCGUGAGCAAGAAGCUAAACUCGACGCCGUGACGAAAGAGAACUUCAACUUGAAACUCAAGAUUCAUUUCCUCGACGAGAACCUUAAACGCACGGGAACCGACUACCAGCAAGAGGUCAUCAGGCAAAAUACCGAGCUGAAGAUUGACAACACUCAGAUGUCCCACGAGAUCAAGCAGCAAAAGAAAGCCAUUCAGCGUGCUGAGGCAGAGCUGGAGCAAUAUCGCCAACAACUACGCGACUACGCCGAAAAGAUUAAGAGGAAGCAUACAGACGAUAUAGUCAAGGAAGAAAUGGAACGCUUGCGUCAACAAGCCGAGAAGAAUCAGACCCUGGCAGACGAGCGAGAGGAACAGAUCAAUGAGCUGCAACACAGACUCAGCAAGGCUGGAAAUUCCUCGGACGAGAAAGUCAAGGAUCUCCAGGAUGACAUCUCCGACCUUGAAGCCGAGAUUCGCGCCAAAGAGAUCGACCUUGACUCCAAGGACGAACAGAUCGAGAAGUUGCAGAAGAAGCUCAAGGAGGCGCAAUCUGACGACGGCGAAGCGGACGGCCUGCGCGAUGAGAUCGCAGACCUCGAAGCCGAAGAGCUCAACGGUCUGCGCGAAGACGUCGCUGCUCUCGAAGCUGAUCUGGAAACACGAGAACGUGAACUGCUGGAACAUCGCGAGGAAAUUGAAGACCUGAAACAACAAGUCAGAAGCGCUCAAAACACCGACCGGUCAACGAAGAAGCUUCGGGGCAGCCUGGAAGAGCUCGAAACCCAACUCAGAGACAAAGAUCAAAUCAUCGACCAAAAGCACAACGAGCUGCGCGCUCUGGAAAAGCGACUCCAGACUUCAGAAUCUGCUCAUACGACCGACAUGCGCGAUGUUGAGAGCGAACUCCAGGAGAAGGACUUCUUACUAGAGCAGAAAGAUGGGGAGAUUAAGGCUCUACAGGAUCGUCUCCAGACAGCACGCGGCAGCUGGGAUGCCGAAGCAAUGCAGACCGACGCUCGUCUGCAAGAGAAGGACCAGCUGGUUUACGAAAGAGAAUCACAACUCCGUGAGGCCUCGCGUUUGGUCGAAGAACGCAACCGCGAAAUCGCAGACCUGCAGCAAUCUCUCAAGUCUAACGAGAACGGCAACAACGCACAAGCUCAACAGCACAGACAGCAGACCGAGCAGAUUCGACAACUCCAGGAACGUUUGCGAUCCACCGAGGCCAGCGCAGGCGCCGAGCGUGACGAAAAGUCAGACAUCAUCGCAUCGAAAGAGCGAGAAAUUCGAAGCUUGCAAUCGCGAGUCCGUGGACAAGAAGGAGACGAGAGCAAUGAAAUCCGCCUCAAGACCGAACACAUCGAGCAACUUGAGAAAGAAAUCCAGUCGAAGAACCACCAGGCUUUGCAGCUGGCUACGGAAACGCGUGCUCUCAAGGAUCGCAUGAACUCUAUGGAAUCGCCCACAAAGAAGAACUCGAUGCUUAGUCAACAAGCAGAACAAAUUCGCAACCUCCAGCAGGCUCUUCGCGCUUUGUCAAGCGAGAAAGACGCAGAAUUGAACGAGCUUGAGAACCAAUUGCAGUCUGCGGAGACCGAGCUUGACGGCCAUCUCAAGAAGAUUCAUCAAUUGCAAGAGCGCUUGAGAUUAGCAGAGAGGGACCAAUCUUUCGCAGGCCACAUGGACGAAGACAUGCAAGAGAAGCAAAAGACCAUCGAGCAGCAAGAAGACCAAUUGUUGGAUCUGCAAGCUAAGCUCCGCAAGGCCCUGCAAGAGAAGGAGUCUGAGAUGGUAGCAUACGAGACCCGUCUUCGCCAAGUCAAGCAAGAAGUCGACCACGAAAAACAACAACUCAAGGACGAACACGACGAGGCCUUGGAAGCUCUGGAGGACGAGAUUGUUGUUCUGGAAUCUAACGUUGAAGAUGCCCAGAACGAAAAAUCGGCUUUGCAGCAAAAGAUCGAGCUGCUUGAAAGAGAUCUCGUAGCAUCAAAGCAGAACGGCACGCCAGUCCGCGAACGCAACGAACUUCGCUUGAAGCUGAGAAACGCCGAUAUGGAACGAGACAACCUGAAGAGCCAGAUCCAAGACCUUGAGCGUGAGCUUGACGCAGCCUGGCAAGCCAAAGAGAACGGCACACCUGUUCGUGAGCGCAACGAGCUACGUUCAAAGUUGAGAGAGUCACAAAACGAGAUUUCCAAGCUGCAGAACCGCAUUCAGUCUCUGGAGUUCGAUUUAGAAUCCGCCCAAGCCGACAAAACCAUGGCCGACGAGCGCAUGGACUUGCACGAAUCUCUGAAGGAAGCUAAGAUCGAGGCGGAAGACCUGCAACUUCAAAUCGCAGGCCGCGAGAAGACAAUUGCCGCUCUGACAAAGAAAGAGAAAACUCGCUUGCAAUCUUCUCUUAGCCGCGAAAAUGAGUUGCGAUCCAAGCUGAAGAAUGUCCGCGGCGAAGCAGACGAUACGAGAACCAUUAACCAGAGAGAGGUCCGGGGUCUGAUUGAGGCCAAGGAGAAGACACACGCUGGCGAACUCAAGGGACUUGCCAAACAGAUCCAAUACCUACGAGCCAGAUGUGACCGUGAAGAAGGAUUCCGCAAGGAUCUUGUGUUUAGCAAGCGCUGGUUCCUGAUGCAGGUGGAGAUGUACGGUGCAUGCAACAAAGCAGAUCUCAAGCUGCUCGAGGAGAUGGGCGUAACACCCAAUACCCAGGUGCGAGAACGCAAGCCAAGCCUGAAGUCAGUGGCCUACAUGGUCAUGGCUACAGUGCGCAUGCAGAAGAUGCAGGAGGCGUGGUCAGGCAACAAGAAACUGCACGAAUCUUUGAUGAAGAAGUUGGAUGGCAUGAGGAGGAAGCAAGGCAAGACGCCGCUACGAUGA